UUUUGUUUUUGUUGCUGAAAUGAUCUUGUUCAGAAAAAAAAAAUGAUUAAAAAAGAGAAGAAAUCAGAGGAGAGAGAGCUUGAUUCAGAUUUGUUCUUCGAUAUGCUUUGUGGAAAAUCUCAAUUAAAGCAGCUCUUGACAUUGUUACUGUACUGUCCCCUGUAAUGGCUGUGUCUCCCCGCUCUCUGCGGGCUCUUGCUGGUUUCCGAGGAAGCAUUCUGCUUCUUUGGUUGGCUUUCCAUUGAAGAGAGAACCUUUUCUUAUAAUUAUAUUAUAAUUAAUUUAAAAAACUGCUAAAUCUUGCAUCAUAUUGCCGAUUAUCUGCAUUUGAGAUUUGGGUCUCACUUUCCAUUUCUCUUUUGUUUUUUGCUUCUUUCUUCCUCUGUGUUUUGAGAUCUUCCGAGGACGUUAAGUUAGUUGCCUUUAGGACAAAUUUGGUCCCCACCCUCAGUCUUGGAACGCAUCCUUUCCAUUAACGGGAAAUUUCCAAGAUCUUCUUCGGUUUCGGCGAUGGUCAAACUCAUAUGAAGGAUGUGGAGAAGACUGUGAUUCUUGAGGCCGCUUCUUGCUUUCUUUUCCAGUGAUCUUUUAGCUUCUUCGAGAGAUUUCUGGGCGAAGAUGAAGUUCAUGAAAAUCGGGUCCAAGCCAGAUUCGUUUAAAACGGAUGGGAACAACGUCAGGUAUGUAGAAAACGAACUGGCAGCUGACAUCAUUAUCAACGUCGACGGGUCAAAGUUUUAUCUUCAUAAGUUUCCGCUGCUAUCCAAGUGCGGGUGGCUUCAAAAGCUGGUGUCGAGCGCGGACAAGAACAGCACCGACGAGGUAGAUCUGUCUGAUAUUCCGGGCGGCCCCACUGCCUUCGAGACAUGUGCAAAAUUUUGUUAUGGCAUGACAGUCACCCUCAGUGCUUACAACGUCGUGGCCACGAGAUGCGCAGCCGAGUAUCUUGGAAUGCAAGAGACGGUUGAGAAAGGGAAUCUCAUUUACAAGAUCGAAAUCUUCCAAAACUCCAGCAUCUUCAGAAGCUGGAAGGAUUCCAUCAUUGUUCUUCAGACCACAAAACCUUUCUUACCGCUCUCCGAGGAUCUGAAACUGGUCAGCCUCUGCAUUGAUGCCAUAGCCGCCAAGGCCUGCACCGACGUUUCCCGAGUCGAGUGGUCGUAUACCUAUAACCGGAAGAAGCUUCCGGAAGAAAACAGGAAUAAGUGUGAUCCAAAUCCAAGCUACAAUGGUAUAAGAGCUCGAGAAGUUCCUCAAGACUGGUGGGUCGAGGAUUUGUGUGAACUAGAUAUCGGUUUUUACAAACGGAUCAUAAUGAACAUCAAGAGCAAAGGGAUAGUUCCGGGUGAAGUGAUUGGAGAAGCCUUGAAAGCUUAUGCUUACUCGAGGUUGUCGGGUUUUAGCAAAGGUGUAAUGGAGAAUGGAGAUCAGGUCAAGUAUAAGACAAUAGUAGAGACUCUUGUCUGGUUAUUACCUUCUGAGAAAGACAGUGUAUCUUGCAGUUUCUUGCUCAAGUUGUUAAAAGCAAUCAUUGCCGUAAACUCGGGAGAGAUGGCGAAAGAACAGCUCGUGAAAAGAAUCGGGCAGCAACUGGAAGAAGCUUCCGUAACCGAUCUUCUGAUAAAGUCGCACGAAGAGGGAGGAGAAACAUUGUACGAUGUCGAAAUAGUGCAGAAGAUAGUUCGAGAGUUCAUGACAAGAGACCAGAACAGCGAAAUCGAGACUCAGGAUGGAUUUGAAGAAGUUCAGGAGAUGACGAAACCUGGGAUUCUAUCCGAAGCUUCGAAGCUAAUGGUUGCGAAACUGGUAGAUGGGUACCUUGCAGAAAUCGCAAAGGAUCCUAAUCUUCCAGCUUCUAAAUUCACCGAUCUCGCCGAGAUGGUUUCCACUGUCUCUAGACCUGCUCAUGAUGCGCUCUACCGAGCCAUUGACAUGUAUCUAAAGGAGCACCCGGGAAUCACAAAGGGAGAGAAGAAGAGGGUAUGCAAAUUGAUGGACUGCCGGAAACUAUCAGUGGAAGCGUGUAUGCACGCUGUACAAAACGAGAGGCUCCCGUUGCGGGUAGUCGUGCAGGUACUCUUCUUCGAGCAAGUAAGAGCUGCUGCAUCGUCGGGGAGUAGCACACCAGAUGUCAUACCAAAGGGCGUGAAAGAACUGCGGAAUUGCACGGUGUACGGAAGCUCGAGGUCCGUACCGACGAUAAUGGAGGACGAAUGGGAUGGUAUUGCCUCGGCUGAGGAAUUACGGGCGCUGAAAAGCGAGAUAGCCGCGCUGAAACUGCAGGGAAACAUUAGCGAGGGAAGGAGAAGCAUAGAUAGAGCGGCGUCACAGGUGAUAAACAGAGUGAAGAGCUUGAUAAAGUCGAAGAAGAUUUUCGGGAAGAAAUCGGUUUUGGAGAGUAGAGGAGAGAGAAACAGCGGAGGAGGAGGAGGAGGAGGAGGAGGGGGGUCGGAUUCUUCUGAGAGCCUCGGCUCUGUAGCGAUGAACCCUGAAGAAGCCAAGUCCACGCCUUCAAGAAACUUGACGAGGAGGGUAUCUGUGUCUUGAUGCACAAGUUAGGGUAUCUGUAUCUUGGUGCACACGUUAGAGAAAUGGAAUGUCUUUUUCUUUUUUCUUUUUCUA